AUGACUUUUCGCUCGCCAUCAUCUGGCGGCCUUGCAUCUGACAUGAAGACUAGCCUGAAGGAUCGAGAUUCACGCACAGUGAUUGUGGUUUCACCGGCGAUCACUACCUCCUCACAAAACACAGGCGCGCUUCCACCGUCCUUCAUGCUCAACCUGCCUGGCGAAACACUUCUCGCCAUCUUAAACAGUCCUGAGCUGUCUGAAGUUGAUCUCGCCGAUCUUCGCCGUGCCUGCAAGCAGAUCAGUCCUUACGCCACGGAGGUCUUCGCAAAGCGUCGCUUUGGCACCGAGUUCCGCCUUGGUUUCUCGAUUCCCAACUUGAUCAGACUAUCCCAGAUCUGUCCAUCAGCACUCGGGCCGUUCACGACAUGUAUUCAUCUAGAAGAAGUUGGAAAGGUACCCUGGGUCGCAAAACCGAGGGUGCAGCCGUCCUACUCGUCUCUGCGAGAAAUCAAGAUCGAUCAUCUCUACCACGCUGUGGUCCCUACAUUCAAGGCGAUCAUUGCGAACGCUGACAAGCUUGAGGUAUUCAGUCUGAAGGCUGAGUCAGAGUCUGUCUAUAUUCGCUGCGAGAGAGUUCGGGGACGUCACCAGUGGCCUGAGUCAGAAGAGUUCAGGACUGGCAACGGAAGCUUUCCUAUUGGGUUUCGUGAUGUUGAUAUGGUGAUCGGCAAACUUCAUUCUAGUCGUCUGCGCAAGCUGGAGAUGCUCAAUGCAGACUUCUCAAGAAAUGCCUUUGUCGACUUCCUCAACAAACAUAAAUCGACCAUCAAGGAACUUAAGCUGCAAUACUGCCAGCUGGUCCAAGGUCGUUGGCAUGAAGUACUUACCUGGAUCAAGGCCAACUUCUCAUCUCUCGAACACCUGUAUAUCGAAGGAUUGUUCACCGCAAAUGGGAAGAAACUCCCUGGUAGAGAUUUGUCAUUCGAGUGCAAUUUCUGCCAGGUGGAGGUCGUACAAAUGUCGACGGCAUUGAAGUUCGAAGGAAGAGUGGACAUCGAAGAAGGUCUCGACGCCUUGAUUGCAAGCAUGCAUGGAAAAUGA